AUGAGUGUGACCCGUCUCGGCGAGGAGAUGAACAAGAAGAUCUCAAUUUCCGACGGCAGCAAGAAUCCGCCGUCGAAAAAGAACAGCACAGCUAAUGGACAUGGACUCAACACUUCGUCGAAAGUUGCCGAUGUUCAGGAUGAAACUCCACCACGUAAGAAGAGUUCACUCAAGGAGAACAUUGCCGCAGCAUUCCGUUCUCCAGUGUUUCUUGUUCGCAGAGAGGCUACCAAAGCCCGCUGGGAGCAAGUCCGUGAACGUCUCAAACUGUCUCGUGUCAAGAUUUCAAUGAGGGAUCGCAAGCGGAAGGCUUCCAAGUCAAGUUAG